AUGCCUGCACAGGUAAAAUGGGAUGCACAUGCACAUACAUUCUCGUGUCUCUGUGCUCCGGUACUGGGGCGGCUGAAGCCAUUAUCAAGUGAGUCGCAGACCAACUCACAGGUGUUGAUGUCCCCUCAUUUCAUGAACUUUCCCUAUCCUCUCCUCUUUUGCACCCUCCUUGUUGGCCCGAUCCAGACGACCAGAAGUCCUACAGCCUCAGACGUGCCGACGCACAACUGA